GAUUCUUUGAUCUCGCGACUAAUUUCAAAGAGCGUGAUUUUUUUUUGCUGCGGUUUGUGACUAUAUAUAUUCGAUCCUCUCAUUCCUGCCUCGCAUCCGAUAUUAUCGGAUGCUGUAUUUUUAGACGCGACCGACGAGUAUCUUAUCCGUUGGAUAUAGAAUUCAAAUAACGAUUUUACGGGGCGAGACCGAGGUAGAAUAUUACAAAUAUGUGACGUGCGCGUGACACUUGGAGUGACCGAUCGUACCGUCUGCUCUAGGAGUCGCUGGAUUGAGAAUCACCUACGGAUUUCUACGGUCUGCGUAGCAGUCGACAUAUCAUUGGACCAUCGAAACGAACCGUCCUUUUCCAUGCUGGCCCUUUGCAGACCCUUGAUAAUCGAUAAGGAAGCAUGUACGGAUUCAUGAAUCUCGCGUCGACUCCUUCGACGCGCGAACGACCAUCCACCUCGAUCAGAGGCGACCUGGACGAGAGGUUAGGAGAUUGCGACCAGCUAUGAAGAGUCCCGCAACGUCCCCACGCUUGAAUGGCACCAACGCGUCAAUUCCCGUCCCGUCACAGAGCCUCCAAGUGUCGGGGGAAAGCGUAAAGUCACGCUACAAUAAUGCUGCCAACAGUUUCCAAAUGGUGAAGGUUGCUGGACGCGAGUCCGGUUGCUAUAUCGCCAGUAACAUCGCGCCAAAGGUCGGCAAGCAGCAGUUGGUGUCCUUAAACGGAGACUCGGUGCGCUGCGACAGCGUCAACGUCGACGAGGCCCUGGCGUGCGAUGUGGCGCCCAUACCGGCGACGAAGACCAAGGCUCUGUGCGUGCACAUCAGGGAGAACAAGUGGUACGACGCGGGUAACGUGGUUUCUGUAGGGGUAGCGGGAACCAGUCUGAAUCAUGCCCUGGAAAGCAUGUCCUUGGCUUACAAUCCUUCCACGAAGCAACUGUAUUCUGUAGAGGAAGCUAAAACUCCCAACAAUGCACAAAUCGACUGUUCUACUUCUCAGUAUUUGGAAUCUCCGUGUAAUGGUAAGGAACGAUCCUGCAAACCUGAAACGGACAAAUAUACGAAGCUCGAGAAUGUCAGUGCAAACAGCAGCCCAAGGAAUAGCCUGCCACGGUCGUGUAGUAGCACAGUGUCUUCCCUUAGCGAAAUAUCACCGUCAGGAAGCUUCCUGGGAUCUGACGAGCAACAUCUUGUGGAAAAAAGCGAAAAAGCAUCUAAACGUUGGGGAUUAAACUCACUUUUUACAAAGAAUGUGUUUUCAUGGAAAAAUCGGGAUUCUCAACAGUCGACACCUACUGGUAGUCCAUCAAGAAAUAUAGACAAGGUAGGCGGUAGUACAGCUUUAAUUCAACAGCCGAGACCAGCAAAUUUACCAGCUAAAAAUUUGUUGGAAGAAGAACGACACCGUAAGCAAUACACUGCUAUUUUAGAAGCAGCGAGGAAAAGAGAAUUGCGCGAAGAGAAAGAGCGUAAGCAGCAACGAGAGUAUCAGCUAAAAGAAGAAGAAAGAUUAGCCGAGGAUUCUAAUACAUGGAAUGUGUAUGUCUUACCUAAAUUCGAAAGUGUUAAGAAUACAAAGAAAGUAAGGGAGCUAUGGUGGCGUGGUUUACCGCCGAGUGUACGUGGUAGAGUAUGGAAAUUAGCGAUUUCGAAUAAUUUAAAUAUAACGCCGCAUCUCUAUAAUCUUUGCUUAGAGAGAGCAAUGUCGAGCCCAAAUAAUGAGUCAUUAGCUGCAAUCAGAUUAGAUGUAUCUCGUACCUUUCCUACCUUAUGUGUCUUUCAAGAGGGUGGACCAUUAUCCAAUAGCCUUCAGGGUAUUUUGGCAGCAUAUGCCGUAUACAGACCAGAUGUAGGCUACGUGCAAGGAAUGAGUUUUGUUGGUGCUGUGCUAUCAUUAAACAUGGAACCAUCAGACGCCUUUGCUUGCUUCGCGAAUUUGCUAAAUUAUCCUUGUCACAGAGCCGCCUUUACAUUGGACCAAAAAAGAAUGAACACUUAUUACAAGGUAUAUUCCAGUGCUCUUGCGCAUAAGCUGCCAAAAGUCUUUUCCCAUUUCACUGUAGCUGGAUUAAGUCCAGAUUUAUAUCUAUUAGAUUGGUUAUAUACUAUAUAUGCCAAAGCAAUGCCUCUUGAUGUUGCAUGUAGAGUCUGGGAUGUCUUUCUCAGAGAUGGAGAUGAGUUCCUCUUCAGAACAGCGCUGGGAGUAUUGCACUUGUAUCAGGAAGAGUUGUUGAAAAUGGACUUUGUACAUGGUGCACAGUUUCUUACUAGAUUGCCAGAGAAUUUACAAGCAGAAUCUUUAUUCAACAGUAUUAGCCAAAUGUCUACUACUGUUGGGACGACAACGUUUCAGCAAAUGUUGAUACAAUUUUCUGCAUAAUUUAGUAUCGAAAGGUAUAGAAAAUUGAAUUACAAUUUUUCUUAUUGUGAUAAGAAAAUCUGAGUCUUUAUGCAAAAACAUUUUAUAUAUUGUUAUUGGUUAUUAUUUCAAAUAUUUAAAAUCUAAUGCAAUUUUUAUAAUUUUUAUAUUUUUAUUAUAGUACUAUGAUUUAUA